UAUAGUUAUAACAUAUUUUAUAGAAUUAAUGAUUAAUUACUAAAUUCAUUAGGUCAUCAUAACUUAACUACUUAACUAAGUAUUUAUGAUUAACUAGUAAUUACUACAUUUAUUUUUUUAACCAAUUUAUUCCUAUUUUAUAUUGCCAACUGCCAGUACAGCAAUACCCAUAUCUAUUAAAAUAUGAAUAAUUUAUUUAGUUCCUUUAUGGAAGAAAUUGAAGUCAGCGAUGUUGAAGAUGAUAGUAUGGAGAAUAAUAGUAUUUAUAAUCAGACAAACAAUUAUGAAGAUACAAUUCAUGAAGAUGGGGAAGAGAAUAUUGUAUUGUUUACUGAACAAAAGAAACCUUCAAAACAAUCUGGUACAUGGACUGAACAAGUCAUAAAGCAGCUAAUAGCUGAACGUACCAAGCUCAGCAAAGAAUUUAUGUAUGCCAAAAAAAAGGGACAAAAGAACAAUCUGUGGGAAAAAAUAGCAAAAGUUUUGCAUAAACAGGGCUACACAAACUUUACAGCUACUAAUUGUGAUGAUAAGUGGAGAGGAUUGCUAAACCAGUUUCGAAAGGUGCAUGAUGCAAGUAAAAAAACUGGUGGUAGUGCUAUUAAAUGGAAAUUCUAUAAGCAAAUGGAGGAAGCAAUAGAGCCAAUUGGGAAAAAACAAGCUAUGUCGCUUCCUAGAAACAUAUUAAAAGAGUCAUCUACUUGUGAAGAAACUUUAUCACAGUAUGUAGAAUCAACACCUACUAGACAACUUAACGCUUCAACAUCUGUAGCUAUUUCACCACGGUAUGCAGAAUUACCAUCAACUACACCAAAAUCCUCCCCUGAAAUUCUACCAUUGAGCUCGGUCAAAGGAAAAUCCCCAGGAUGGUUCCAAAAGUACCAAGAACAAAAAACAGAACAAAUAAAUUUAGCUUUGAGGAAUGCAAACGAAUUACAUAAUCGCCUAGAUAAGAUGGAAAAAAGAGAGGAAGAAAUGAUAGCGAUUCAAAGGCAUCUUGUUUCCAAACUUGAAGAUGCUAAUAAUAUUGAACUUCAAAAGUUAGAAGUUUUUAAACAGAUGUUCAAUAAACAAUAACUACCAUUAGUUCUAAAAAAAAAAAUGAUUUACAAAUGCCGGUCUCACAACUGUUUUUAAUUAAGUAUAAGGUUAUUACUAAUUAGUUACUAAAGGAAUAAGUGUGAUCUCCUAUAACUGUUAAAUUUGAAAAAGUUUAUUUAUAAAAAUAAUAUUAAAGUACUACUAAAUUUGAAUUAUGUG